AUGUUUGGUUCUUUGGAUUUGUUGCCUACGGGCUUCAAUCUAACAUUAGAUGAAGAAGAUGAACUCGUUAAAAGUGUUGUCAACUUUUUGGGACAUCGUAGACGAGAUAAAUUUGCUUUUCCAUUACUCAUAACACUGUAUUCAUUUAUAUUUGCUACUGGAUUAACUGGAAAUCUUUGUACUUGUUUUAUAAUCUGGAAAAGUCGUGACAUGCAUACUCCAACAAAUUUUUAUUUGUUUUCACUUGCUGUUUCUGAUCUUUUAUUGAUUAGUCUUGGUCUUUCGGUAGAAAUGUAUAAUAUCUACGAAUCAUGGCCAUGGAUUUUUGGCGAAGCAUUUUGUGUAUUUCGCACUGUCGUACUUGAAAUCGUCACAUCAGCAUCGAUACUAACUGUCCUAUGUUUUACAGUUGAACGUUAUUUAGCGAUUUGUUUUCCAAUAAUUUCUCAAAAAGUACUCGGCGGUUUAAGUCGGGCAUUAAAAAUGAUUAUGAUUGUUUGGUUUCUAUCAUUUCUACUUGCUGUUCCUUAUACAUUUACUGCUGGUGUUUUUGUUAGUGUAACAAAUGAAAUUCAUAAUCAAACCGUUCAAAUUCUUGACAGUCGUAUCUGUGCUAUACGCCCAGAUUAUUGGGAACCUAUGUUAUAUUAUAUGGCAGUGACAACAUUUCUUGUUUUUGUUAUUCCGAUAUUUGCUAUAACUGUGCUUUAUAUAUUAAUGGGUAUAACGUUAUACAAAGCAAGUCGUCGUCCAACAAGUGAUAAUCGUUUUAAAACAAGUGGGACAAAACCGGAACAAAUAUUAUUACAUCAAAAUGGUGAACAUCAUGUGUGGUCAAGACAAAGCACUGUAAGAACGAUUAGAUCUAGACCGACAAGAAAUCCUCGAAGAGCAGUACUCAAAAUGCUUGUGGCUGUUGUUAUUGCAUUCUUUAUCUGCUGGGCACCAUUUCAUACGCAACGUAUAACUGCGUUUGUUACACGUUUACUGGAUAAAGCAAAUAAAAGUACAAUAUCAGAUGCAGCAACUAAAUUUCAAGAAAUUCUUUUCUUCACCUCAGGGAUUUUCUAUUACUUAUCGGCUACGGUUAAUCCUGUUCUAUAUAACAUUAUGUCAAAACGCUAUCGAAAUGGCUUUAAACGAACACUUUGUCGUUGGACGGUUUCUACUCCGUCAACAUCCUAUAGAAAUGCUCGCUCCAAUGUUUAUAAUAAUAAAAAUAAUAGUAGUCCACUAUCUCCAACAUUAGCUUGUACUACAAAUAACAUUCGUCAUCAACGAUUGACAUAUCCGACCAAUGGUACAAAGUCAGGACAAAUAAAUAAAUCAUUUUUUCGUAGUCGAGAUAAUGUUUUCAUGUUUUCUAUGGCGAAAUAUAAAUUCGUUAUCGGUUCACGUACAAAUGAUGGUCAUACAAGUGUUCCUAGCUAUCCUCAUCGUCGAACCUCAUUACAUUAUCGUUUUUCUCUUAUUGAACAACAAGAACGCGAGCAACAACAACAACAACAACAACAACAACAACAAUUACAAAUACAAUUACAACAAAGAAAAGUAUCUACAAAUGUUAAACAACAACAAAAAAGACAACCGGUUAAAUUUAUAUUUACGUCUGCUUUAUCGCCAACAACACCACCGAAUUUAUCAGUUAGUGAAUCAAAAACGUUGACACCAACGCCUAACGGAAUUCAUAGCAAGCAGUAG